AUGAAUCCAAUUGUUCAAUUUGAAGUUGGUAAGAUACAUACUAUUCGUAUACCAAUGGUUGAUAGUGAUGGUGAUUAUGUACGAUGUCGAUGGGCAAAUUCAACAGAAGAAUGUGGAAGUAUUUGUACACCAAAAGGUUUUCUUCGAUCAAAUCCUUGUGAAUUAACUUAU